UUCAUGUCUGCUCGAAUAGUAGUGAAUGGCGGGUGUUUCUAUGAUCCGUGGGCUAUUUUAAAAUAUAAAAAUGCUGUUAUUUAAAAUAGGACUUGGUUAUUUAAAUAACACUUAUAUGUGAAUAUUUUUUCUAUCGAUAUCUAUCGACCUGUGAAUGUUUGUGAAUCUAGCGAAUCACUGGCGUGAUCGUGUUGGGUAUUUCCAUGCUGUCCAAAUUGAAACUUAGUAUCACUGGUAUAAGCUGCAGCUAUAAACGAGUAUCGUGUAUCGUAAUAACAAAUAUAAUCAAAUCGUAGAAAAUAAUCUAAUCUAACGUCAGUGGCAUUUGUUUAAUAAGAGACUGGAGUGUUUUGUUUUAAGAAACCAAUCCAAUCACUUGCUCUUUUAGUAUCUAUCAUACAAAACGUGUAGACACCGAGGAUCUAGCGCAUAUUUAACUAUAAGCCGGAGAGUUAAGGGAAAUGGACGCAAUCUGGACUCGUUUACUUUCGGUGUUUUUAUUUUUAUUUGCCAUACCGCUGCCGGUUUGUACCUCGGGUGCCUCCAAGCUGAAUAUACCCAAAGUUUUAUUACCGCUCGCCAGAAGUACCAGAAUUAACUUCACACUGGAAGCAACCGAAGGAUGUUACAGAUGGUCUUCCACACGACCAGAGGUCGCCAGUGUGGAGGCAGUUGAUGUUGGUGAGCGACUCUGUUCCCAGAGGGCCGUGCUGCAGGCUCGGUCCACGCAUCCAUCCAGACUCACCAGUAUAAUCCUUGCAGAAGAUGUUUUAACUGGCCAGGUGUUGCGCUGCGACGCUAUUGUGGACCUCAUCAAUGAGAUCCAGAUAGUCUCUACCACUCGUGAGCUCCACCUAGAGGACUCUCCCCUGGAGCUGAAAAUCCACGCCUUGGACUCUGAAGGAAAUACCUUCAGCACCCUUGCAGGACUGGUUUUUGACUGGAGCAUUGUGAAAGAUGAAGAGAUGGGAAGUUUUCCUGAUUCUUACAAUGCCCUGCGGGUGCUCAGGUUUUCUGAGUCAACUUACACUCCCCCACGUCACAUCUCUAACAUGGAGAAAGUUGGAAAGCAAGGAGACAUUAUUCUUGUGUCUGGGCUGAAAACGGGAAAUUCCAAGCUGAAGGCCAGGAUCCAGGAAUCUCUUUACAAGGAUGUGGCAGCUGCUGAGGUCAGGCUUCUGAUCCUGGAGAACAUUUUGCUAAGCCCUGCAUAUGAUGUGUACCUCCUGGUGGGUACCUCUGUUCAGUACAAGGUCCAAAAGAUUCGACAAGGAAAGAUCACAGAGCUUUCCAUGCCCUGUGAUCAGUAUGAGCUGCAGCUCCAGAACAGUGUGGUUGAUCCUGAUGGUGACCUGGCACUUCCUGUGGCGAGACUGAAGCGGGUGACCUCCAAGGUGCUUGCCCUGCAGCGUGGCUACACCAACAUUGUGCUGGAUCACAAAAGUUCAGGUCUUCGCUUACAGGGGGCCUCACGACUUCCCAACAGCACCCUGUAUGUGGUGGACCCAGGGUACUUGGGUUUUAACAUUCAGCCUGGGGACCGCUGGGUGCUUGAGACUGGACGUGUCUAUGAGAUCACCAUUGAUGUGUUUGAUAAGUCAAGCAACAAAGUGUACCUCUCAGAUAACAUACGGAUAGAUGCGUCCUUUCAAAAGGAAUACUUUGAGGUCUUGCAAUCAUCCAUGAAUGGAUCAUACCACAGAGUAAAAGCACUGAAGAAUGGGCAGACCGUCAUUGAUGGAGCCCUCUCUUCUGUGGUUGAUGAGGAUGGAGGAGUUCAUGUGUUUCCCAUUCCGGUGCGGAAUCAACAGGAUGUGGAGAUCUAUAAUCCCAUCGUUCUCACUCCCAGGAUUCUUACAUUUCCAUGGCAGCCCAAAGUAGGAGCGUAUCAGUACACAAUAAAGGCUACAGGAGGAAGUGGGAACUUCACCUGGUCAUCUUCUAGUCAGACUGUUGCCACGGUGACUGUGAAGGGAGUCAUGACAACAGUCAAUGAUAUUGGUGUCAGUGUGGUGCGAGCCCGCGAUGUGCAGAACCCUCUGCACUUCGGAGAGAUGAAGGUAUAUGUGAUCGAGCCCAUCGGCAUGGACUUCAUACCCUGCCAGGUGGAGGCUAGGGUGGCCCAAGUGCUGGACCUGCCACUGCAGAUCUUUGGUCUGCUGAGUGCCGAGAGCAGCGAGCGCGUAACCCUCAGCGACUGCUCACACUUCCAGCUGCUGGUGGAGAUGGAGAGCCAGGGCGUUUUCCAGCUGUUGGAGGGGCGGUUGGCACCCGGGCAGGACCACUGCAGUGGAAUCCGUGUUCAGGCACUAGUGCCUGGGCACGCCACCCUGCUGGUCAGCUACGCCCAUGGUAACGUGCGCCUCAGUGCACGCAUCACUAUUGCUGCCUACCAGCCGCUGAAGGUGAUCGACCCCAUUUCUGUAGCUGUAGUAACACUGGGUUCCUCCAAAGACAUGCUCUUUGAAGGGGGACCUAGGCCCUGGGUUCUGGAACCCUCCAAGUUCUUCCGAAAUCUUACAACAGAGGAUAGCCGCAGCGUCCACAUGGCCCUCUUUGGCCCUGCAUCAAGGAACUACUUCAGACACUGGGUUCGGGCCACCUGCCAAGCUCUGGGUGAACAAGUCCUGGCUGUGACAGUUGGGAACCAGCCAAGUCUCACCAAUCCGUUCCCAGCAGUGGAGCCGGCAGUAGUGAAGCUAGUCUGUGCCCCACCUUCACGCCUCACCCUGGUUCCUGUCUACACCAGUCCCCAGCUGGAUCUGUCCUGCCCUCUGCUGCAGCAGAACAAACAAGUGGUCCCUGUUUCCAAUUACCGCAACCCUGUGCUGGACCUUGCUGCCUACGACCAGCAGGGGAGAAGGUUCGAUAACUUCAGCUCACUGAGCAUCAUCUGGGAGUCCAGCAAGGUGUCCUUGGCCAGCAUGGAGCCCACCAUGUUCAUGGAGCUCAUUCUGACAGAGGACAACAACGGACAGAAGAAACUUCACGGCCGGCAAACAGUCCUCGUGCACCGUGAGUCAGGCAUCGCUGCCAUCACAGUGACGGCUGUGGGUUAUCAAGCUUCCCACCUCGAUGCAGCCAAGGUGCUGAGUCCAUAUGACCCCCUAACAGUUGUGUCAGCCACACUGGAACUCCUACUGGUGGAGGAUGUGAAGGUCAGGCCAGAGGUCAUUACCAUAUACAAUCAUCCUGAAGUGAGGACUGACCUUGCUUUGAAGGAUGGCUCAGGGUAUUUCUUUGUCAAUGCCAGUGUUACUGGUUUAGUGGACUUGGUUUUCCAAGAAUCCCAGGGGAUUGCAGAGGUACACCCACUGCAGGCAGGGAUUUUGCAGGUGUUGGUUCAUGAUCUCUGUUUAGCCUUCCCUACUCCUGCCAAGGCUACUGUCCACAUAUCUGACAUAUUUGAAGUGUAUGUCACAGUAGUUGACAAGGUAGAGAUUGGGAAGUCAGUGAAAGCCCAUGUGCGGGUCCUAGAUGACAAGAAGAAACCUUUCCUGGCGAAAUUCUUUCACUUCAUGAAUCUGGAGCUUCGUGCAGCAUCAGCCAUCAUCUCCUUAUCACCACUUGCAGAGUCUGCUGAGAAGGACACGGCAGUUUUCUUUGUGCAAGGUUUAAUUGUGGGACAGACCAGUGUGUCGGCUACAGUGCUGGACAAAAAUGGUCGAAAAAUCACGUCGACCCCGCAGCCAGUGGAAGUCUUCCCGCCCUUCAGACUGAUUCCCCGGAAGAUGACACUGAUUAUUGGUGCCAUGAUGCAGGUGACAUCUGAAGGUGGCCCCCAACCUCAGUCACACAUCCUCUUCUCCAUUGCCAGUGAGGAAAUUGCCUCCAUUAACAGCACAGGUCAUGUCAGGGGUCUUGCCCUGGGCAACGUAACAGUGACCGGGCUGGUGCAAGCAGUUGAUGCAGAAACAGGAAAGCUAGUUGUUGUUUCUCAGGAUCAAGUAGAUGUGGAAGUUGUGCAGCUGAAGGCCGUGAGGAUCCGGGCACCAAUCACAAGAAUGAAGACUGGUACCCAGAUGCCGGUUUAUGUGAUGGGGUUAACCAGCAGCCAGACGCCCUUCUCCUUCGGCAAUGCUUUGCCGGGCCUCACCUUCCAUUGGUCUGUGACGAAACGUGAUAUCCUGGACGUACAGACACGCCACUCAGAGGCCUCCCUUAAGCUGCAGCCCCAGCACAACUUUGCCAUGAGUGUGCGUGGCCAGGCCAAGGGCAGGACUGGGCUCAAGGUGGUGGUGAAGGCCAUAGACCCGCAGGCUGGACACCUGGCUGGGAAUGUUGAGGAACUGUCUGAUGAGCUUCAGAUCCAGGUUUAUGACAAGCUGCGCCUGCUCAGUCCUGAAGUCGAGGCAGAGGAAAUACUCAUGUCUCCGAACUCUGUGCUUAAGCUGCAAACUAACAGGGACAGUGUUGGCCAGCUCUCCUACCAUGUACAGAAUUGCCCCAAAAAGGCUGCUCUGGUCCAGGUCGAUGAGAAUGGUCACCUGUCAUCUGGAGCCCUCACAGGCACCGCCUCUCUGCAGGUGACAUCACAGGAGAGCUUUGGUGUCAAUCAAACCAUCAUCGUGGCUGUGAAGGUUGUUCCAGUGUCUUAUCUGCGCUUCAGCACCAGUCCAGUCCUCUACACCUCAAGCAAGGAGUCUCACUCUGCUAUUCCGCUGGGAACUGUUCUAACGUUUACUAUACACUUCCAUGACAACACCGGCGACAUCCUCCAUGGCCACAAUUCACUGCUGAACUUUGCCACCAACAGGGAUGACCUGGUGUUGGUUGGGAGAGGACCCCGCAAUGACACACUGACCGUGCGCACAGUGAAUGUGGGGCUGACGCUGCUCGGAGUGUGGGAUGCUGAGCAUACAGGCGUAGCUGACUACCUUGCCUUGCCUGUGGAGUAUGCUAUCCAUCCGGAGGCUGCCCAGAGCCUGGUUGUUGGGGAUGUUGUCUGCUUCGGCACCCAGCUGGUUAAUCACGAAGGUGUUCCUGGUACUUGGAGCUCCUCAGCAGUGACUCUGCUUCAAGUAGAUCCUAAGACUGGUGUGGGAGUGGCCAGACACCCCGGUAUAGCAACUGUCUACUAUGAGAUACCCGGCCAACUCAGAACCUACAGAGAGGUGUCUGUCAGUAGUGCCAUGCAGACAGCUGUGAUGGUGCAGUCAGGUUUUCUGAAGAAUGAGCUGCAGUCCAGGGUGCUGGUCAGCACAAGAGAACAGGGGACCAAUCUCAUAGGGGCUUGUUCACCUUCACAGAUCAGUGCUAUCCAUCAACUGCAUCCUGAGUCCUCUGUACGUUGCCAUGUCCACUUCAGCAAUGAGGCCAUUGAGUUCCCUGCUCAUGAUGUGUUCACCACACAGACGGGAUUCGACCCCAAGACUGGCUUCUACAACUGCUCCAUGGUCCUGAAGGCCCUGACAGACCAGCAGAUGAAGGUCCUCAGCAGAUCUGCAACUCAGCUGGUGGUGAAGGCCACUGUAGAGGGGGGGCAUUUCACGGGGCAGCAGCUUGGUGCCCAGCUUCCAGUGAACCCCGUCUUCUAUGCAGACCAGAAUGAGAUCUUGCUCACCAAUCAGCACCCAUCAGCAGAGUUCACAGUGUAUGGAGCACCUGUGGCCAUAAGUAACCUUGAGGUGACGUCAAGCUCAUCAAGUGUUGUAAUUCAUCAGAAGGAGGUCUCGCAGGGGUUCCCCAGUUUUGCCAAGUAUACAGUUCACUUGGCUGACCUAAGAUUUGCUCAGGGGGGUGCUUUAGCCACAAUCACUGUAACAAGCUCAUCGACAGACCAGGCCUUACAGCUGCCGGUGGCAGUGAUCCAUGCGGCUGACCCCAGCACAGCCAUGCAGGCUAAUCCAGCCUUAGCUUGGGAGGGGGCUUCUCUACUGCAGCAGUUCAUCGAGUCUUACCAGGUCAUGUUCUUCACCCUGUUUGCUUUGCUCGCUGGCACUGCAGCAAUCAUCAUUGCCUGCCAUGCCUUCUCUCCGCGGGACCAGCAUCCACACCCAGCAUUUAUUCAGAGGACACCUACAGGACUAGCAUCUCCAGCCUUCAGUCCAUUCAAUCACACCGUUCCAUCUGACCUAAAGGCCAGCCCUAAACUGCGACUCUACUCCCCAAGCUACAGCUCCCGUUAGGUCUGCUCCCGCAGCGACCGGUAAUGGCAGGCAGCUUUGUUACAGGAACGCAAAGAACUUGAAGUGCCUUUCUUAUGCUGCAGACGCGGUCAGCAUGGUAACAGCCAUUCUGCUUUAGUGUUAUCUGUGUUCCAGGUGGCUUUUCAAAUAGCUCCUAUAACAUUUGCGCAAUAUAGACGCAAAACAGUCUCAUUUUUGUGCUUGAGUGUGUGUGCUGAUGGUACUCUCUCUAAUUUGCUUUCAGUUUUGUUUUUAUGGGGGAAAAUUGAAUCGUUUUCUUUCAUAAUGAGCAGUCAUCAGAGACAGAAGCAGUGACUGAAAAUAACAUUUUGUAACUCAGGAACAUUAUGCACUGAAUUUAUUCUGUUUGUAAUUCUGCAGUAUAUCAGUAUGUUAGGAGUAUAGUAAUUAUGUGCAUUCCAAUCGAAAUGAGCUUAUUUUGAAUUGAGUAUUUUGUGGCCUCUGAAUCUAAUUUUGUGUGCGUUUUAAAAAAUACUGACAAAUCACUGAUUUUAAGUAAAAUUUUGCCAGCCUCUACCGUAGCACAUCUUGAAGCCCAUCUGUAGUGUAAAUGCCUUAAAUACCUCAAUUUGAAGCAAACACUGCAGAUUUACAUGCUAAUGUGAAGGUUUAUUCUGCAAUGUGAAUUUGAUUCCUCAUUACAGACACCUCCAAUGCAGUCAACGUAAGUGAAUUAGCUUUGCUAUAGUGAUGUGACUCUAUUGGAGUUUGACAUGACGUCCACUUAAAUGGCAGGGUUUUUUAAGUGAUUCUGUGAUGUUAUUUAUUUUCUUAAGCCUGUUUAAGACUGCAGAAUGCAAAUGCAAAAUAAUGAAAAAUAGUUGGAAAAAUCUGAGGGCAUUUCUUUCCCACUUUUCUUACUGCAAAUUUUUAUCAGUUGUGGGGCAGUGCAUAAUGUCCUCCACUCAUGUGACUGCUUGCUUGUUUGCCUUUCAGAAUAUAAGCUUCUUUUUUGCUUUGACCUUGUUCGCAAUUGAAUAAAUUAAACAAAUAUAAUUUUUGAAAAGUUAAGGAACAGGAUGACUUGUUUGUUUUCUGUAAAUAAAUUUUUUUUUGUAA